AUGUUUCCGGAUCAAACGGAAUCGUUUCAGGUUCCGGAUGAAUCGGGAGCUUCAUCGGGGCUGGAUCGAUCAGGAUCUCUCCCGGAUCGAUCAGAAUUAGUCCUGGCGCGACCGGAAUCGUUCACAGUCCCGGUUCAACGGGAAUCGUUCCUGGAUCGACCACGAUCGUUACCGAUCCUGGAUCAACCGGAUGGACCAACAUCUUUUCCAGUGUCAGAUCAACCAGAACCGGUCACGGAUCAACCGGAACCGGUCACGGAUCAACCGGAACCGUUCCCGGAUCGACCGCGAUCGUUACCGAUCCCGGAUCAACCGGAUCCAUUCCCGGAUCGACCAACAUCCUUUCCAGUGUCAGAUCAACCGGAACCAGUCCCGGAUCAACCGGAACCAUUUCCGGAUCGACCGCGAUCGUUACCGAUCCCAGAUGAACUGGAUCCAUACCCGGAUCGACCAACAUCUUUCCAGGUCUCAGAUCAACCGGAACCGGAACUGCAAUCGUUUCCGGAUGAAGUGGUGACGUUCGCGGACGGACCGGGAGCAUCGCAGCGUUGCGGCGCGUCCCAACAGACGACUAUCGGGAGCGGCUGGAAACCGCAGACGACUGCGGUGGCCGCCGCCAGCAGGGGAUGGUUCGAGUUGGCUCCCACCGCCCGCAUCGCAGACGUGCAGUGCGGCAACGUCUCCAUCUUCACAACGCUCAACCAAACCGUGUCGGCCAGAGACGUGCCGGCGAUGGCGGCCGGACAGGUGGCAGCACCGACGCGAGAUGCCGAAGACGCGUGCGUCGCCUUGCCACCUGCCUCUGUCACCAGGCCCGCGCUGCCUGCUGCCGAGCCACAGUCUAUAGCAGAGCGCGCAGCUUCCGACGCGAGCAUCCUCGUCCUCCCGACGCGCAGCGAUGACGUCACGUGUUCUUCCGCCGCCGCGCGGCGGGGACCAAAUACCAGGGAUCUUCCGCGUCCGAUGUUUCCGGAUCAAACGGAAUCGUUCCAUGUUCCGGAUGAAUCGGGAGCUUCAUCGGGGCUGGAUCGAUCAGGAUCUCUCUUGGAUCGAUCCGAAUUAGUCCUGGUGCGACCGGAAUCGUUCACAGUCCCGGUUCAACGGGAAUUGUUCCCGGAUCGAUCCGAAUUAGUCCUGGCGCGACCGGAAUCGUUCACAGUUCCGGUUCAACGGGAAUUGUUCCCGGAUCGACCACGAUCGUUACCGAUCCCGGAUCAACCGGAUCGACCAACAUCCUUUCCAGUGUCAGAUCAACCGGAACCGGUCCCGGAUCAACCGAAACCGUUCCCGGAUCGACCGCCAUCGUUACCGAUCCCGGAUCAACCGGCUCCAUUCCCGGAUCGACCAACAUCCUUUCCAGUGUCAGAUCAACCGGAACCAGUCCCGGAUCAACCGGAACCAGUCCCGGAUCAACCGGAACCGUUUCCGGAUCGACCGCGAUCGUUACCGAUCCCAGAUCGAACGCGAUCGUUACCGAUCCCAGAUCGACCGCGAUCGUUACCGAUCCCGGAUCAACUGGAUCCAUACCCGGAUCGACCAACAUCCUUCCAGGUCUCAGAUCAACCGGAACCGGAACUGCAAUCGUUUCCGGAUGAAGUGGUGACGUUCGCGGAUGGACCGGGAGCAUUGCAGCGUUGCGGAGCGUCCCAACAGAUGACUAUCGGGAGCGGAUGGACCCAGCAGACGACUGCGGUGGCCGCCGCCAGCAGGGGAUGGAUCAAGUUGGCUCCCACCGCCCGCAUCGCAGGUGCAGAUGCGGUGCAGACGCUUGAGAGAGAGCUGACCAGCAAGAACGUUAGCAGUGACGCCCCGAGUUAUAAAACGACCGAGGUGGACGGUAGAUGGCGCUGCACACUCGUCAUACCAGUCAGUGCGGAGAGCGAACGCAAGAUGACGAAGAAGGCAGCUUCGCAGAACGCCUGUUACAAGGCUCUCCGUUUGCUUAACAUGCCUGCGCAAGAAAAACUCGAGAAUUGCAUCGGUAUGCUGAAGAGAGUAACCUCCGACAAGCACGCAGCUGGAGCGCCGCCAGCAUAG